AUGUGCCAUGCGCCACAAAAAUGGACCGAGUCUUUGCCGUGGGUAUUGCUAGGCGUACGAUCAUCGUUCAAAGAAGACUUAAACGCGUCGUCGGCUGAACUUCUUUACGGGGAGCCUCUUAGGUUACCAGGCGAAUUUUUUGAUCCUGACCUUGCCAGUACUGAUCACGUCUUCCUGCGUGAAGACGCGGUGCGGGCGUCAUUACAACCUGCGUAUACCGGUCCUCAUAAGGUCAUGUCUAGGAGUGACAAAUCUUUCACUUUAUUAAUUAACGGGAAGGAAGUAACAGUCUCCAUUGACCGCCUCAAGCCAGCAUUGCAUCGCGAAGCUCUAAAGCAAUCAGCAACAGACCCUGCAUCAGGUCGUAUCGACGUGGGCAUCCUGACGACAGGGCUGGGUGCGGCGGCGCGGCGCCGGCGAGCUGACCUCGUGGCUGCGCUGCGGGAACUCAUCAAGCCAUACUCCAAACCUCACACCAUCACACAUGCUAAACUGCUGCAAGAUGUUAAUGCUGCCUCACAACUUAUGGUGUCUCGUGAGCAACUGGAUGAGGCACUCCGCGACCUGCAGGACGAGGGGAAGGUGACAGUGGUCAGCCACACGCACAUACGUCUCUGCUGAUCCUAACACAAGGCAAGUGUGAUUAUAUACAUCUUAAAUUGUACACAUUCAUGUAUCACAAGCAGAACUUUGUGUCAGUUUUUUCUUAAUAAUGCUCCUUACCUAAUUAUUUUCCAAUAAUUUUAAAUCCAUUUUUGAAAGACUUGUAUUUUACAAUUAUGUGCCUU